AUGAGCUGUGACACGGGUGGACAAGAGCGACUCAUCAUAGAGGCAUCCAUUGGUCAGUAUCAUGAGGAUGUGCGAAAAACUAUUGAUGACAACGUCAAAAAGGUCAGUAGCAUGACUUCCAUGAUGAAAGCAUUUGCGAGCUCACAUAUGAAUGCAAGCAUCUCCAGUUUGGCUGCCACCAGAGUCUUUGGGUUGCAAGCUACCAAGACCACCAUCGUUUUGCCUGAAGUCAGGACUGAUCUGCAAGGGAAGCAUCACUACAACGAAGUGCGUACAGUGUUGAUCCUGACAAGUUAUGAUCAACGGAACAAAUGGUUGAGAGCCAUGGAAUUGCUGGCGUACUUAUUCAUUGGUCUGGAACGGCAGAUUCUGAAUAUCAAGUCAUUGGAAGAUGAGCAAUGCGGUUACAUUAAUGUUCGGCCUAAUGACAUGAUACGCAAUACAAUCAUAUGA